AUGGUUACUAGUUCUACAUUGGCGACCUUGGACGGUGAUGCUACAAUUAAAACUGUUGCUGAUAAUGCAGAUGACUUAUCUGUAUCAAAAAAGGUUCAAAUACUAUGUAAAAAGAUAUACAACACCCAAAAGAAACAUUUGAUUAAUUUAUUAGAUAGUUUUGGAAACAUCGGGGCUAAUGUAAGGUUAUUACAGGGAUUCAAAGAACUCUUCUCUACAACAAUAUAUUAUACCCCAUUAUUAUGGUAUUUUAUAAUAUACUUAUCAAAUUUUGUUCUCACGUUUCUUAUAUUAGCUGCAAUAUUGACGCCAAUUGUGACACCUUUCUAUAUGUUAUUUGCUGGGCCAUUUGCUCCAUUUUUAACACUAUAUUACGUUACACUUGUAACACAAUAUACUACAUUAAACACUGGAUUAGGAUUGUACCGUAGUGACGACUACUUGAUAGAGAUAAUUAAUUUGACACUAAUCAGAAGAAAUAGAGGUUAUUUGAAGAAUGCGAAAUUGCAGGGCAGCAAUUUCACAAAUGCAAAAGCUAAGGCAUUAGCAAUUAAAGAUAAAUACAAUACAGUUGAAUUUUGGAUAGUAGAUUUACCUUAUUUGCUUGUCAGUGGUUCCCUAAGUUUAUCCAAAGUUAUAUUCGUGUUAAUAAUUUUAUUAAUUCCAGGAUUAGGAAUAAUUGGUUUCUUAUUAAUUAACUCCUCCAGAAAUGGUUUUAGAUAUGGUGAGCCAUAUGCAAUUUACAGAAAUAAAUUGAAUCAUGAAGAACUGACUGAUUAUUUUUAUCAACGUUUUGCUCAUUGGUGGGUUACAGGCAUUUUGACAAAUUUAACAGAACUGGUUCCAUUUUUGUGCGUCAUCACAAGAACUUCUAACUAUAUAGGUUAUUCCCUAUGGGAAUAUGAUUAUGUAGUAUCGAAAACAUUGCCAUUACAAGAUGAAGGACCAAAGAAACCAACGCCAUUAAAAGUACUUUUUGUUCCAAAAAAGGUCUCUGUGGACCAGAUCUUUGAGCCUCAGGACUACGAAUACUUGAAUGAACUUAUUUAG